AUGGAGAACCUCUACUCUACAUUCAAAAAGUUGAGGGACCGUAUCUCUCCUACUAAGGGCGAUAAAAACGCGUUGGCUUUAUCAUCAACAUCUCGAAAACGUAAAAUUGCAAGCAGUGAAGACAAUCCUUUCAAUGACAAAACAGGAACUGAACUCAAACGUGCAAAGGCUGAAAGCGCUUCCAAGAAACAGGCCACCAACUUCAUUCGAACUAGAAAUUUGCUGCGAUCUAUGACGAAACUCAAACCAGAAUUGCCAGAAGAAACGGUUCAUGAGCCAGAUCUAAAGGCUAAAAAAGAGGAGAUAGAAGUCGUCGACGAAACCGCCGAGGCUGCUAAUACCUCAGGACUUCCUGACGAUGACGAAGUUCCCUUGGAAGUGCUUGAAGAUAUGCAUAAACUUGUCGAGCGGUUCCCAGUGUUAUCCACCGAUUACCGCCUAAUAGAUAAAAUUGGAGAAGGGACGUUUUCCACUGUGUACAAAGCAGAAGCUUUGAACGGGACCGUCAAGUUGGGCUCUGACGUUUGGAAGUCUCCUCCAUUGAAGAGAGGGUUGGUCAAUGAGAAGACCAAGAAGAACAAGAAUCCCGUUGUCGCUCUCAAACAGAUUUACGUAACGUCAUCUCCCAGCCGUAUUCAUAACGAGUUGAACUUGCUAUACAUGCUCUCCGGAAACUCACACGUGGCUCCACUCUUGGAUGUUCUUAGAUACCAAGACCAGGUGGUGGCUAUAUUACCCUUCUACAAGCAUUCCGAUUUCCGUGAUUUCUACCGCGACUUACCCAUAAAAGGCAUCAAAAAAUACAUGUGGGAGUUACUUCAAUCACUAGAAUUCAUCCACGACAAGGGCAUUAUUCACCGAGAUCUCAAGCCGACCAACUUUUUGUAUGAUCCAUUUAAAGGCAAGGGUGUUCUUGUCGACUUUGGUUUAGCCGAGCAAGUGAACACAGCGUCCCAAGGGAAAAACACUAAUGUUUGUCCUUGCUUGAGCACGGACCGCCCCAUCAGCAGGUCCCACUCGCGGAGGCUCAAUGUCAAAGCAGCAUACCCCAAACAGGAUCAACGGCCUCCCAGACGUGCUAAUAGAGCAGGCACCAGAGGUUUUAGGGCCCCAGAGGUGCUUUUCAAGUGCACCAAUCAAAAUACUAAGCUUGAUAUAUGGUCGGCAGGUGUCAUUGGACUCUCGUUACUAUCAAGAAAGUUUCCCUUUUUCAAUUCUCCCGACGAUAUCGAUGCAUUAAUGGAAAUAACUCUCGUCUUUGGGUUGGAAAAGGUUCAAAAAUGUGCUGAGCUUCAUGGGUGUGGUCUUGAGAUCUCACUUGCCGAUGGAAGCUCAUUGGGUGAUGGCAAUAUAGUACAAAUGCUUUCUGAAAUAUUGCGAUACGAAUGGAUCAAUGACAGCUUACCAGAAGACAGUGUGGUGAAGGACACGUUAAAGGUGUUCAAUGAUGCUGGCGAUGGGUUGGCCAAACCGCGUGCCGGAGGUGAUGGUGAGGAGUUUGAAAAAGAUCUCGAAAAUUAUCAAGAUCACAAGCAUUUGCUCCAAUUGUUACAUGGAUGCUUUCAUAUGGAUCCAUCCAAGCGGUUUUCAGCCAAGGAAGCUCUCAAGCAGCCAUUUUUCCAUGAAUUGUCGAAAGAUGACGACGAUGAAGUACUACUUGACUAA